AUGCAAACAGAAGAUGUUUAUAAAUCAGGGAUACGAAAGAACUUGAACCGGGUUUUAAGAGAAUUGACAGACGACGGGAAGCUAGACUUCGAGUCAGUGCCGUAUCAAAAUUUGAAGUUAGAAAUUGGGAAAAAAGAUGAGGAGCUUACGGAGAUGUUUUCUGAAGUUCUCAUGGAAACUUCGAGUAGAUCCGGAUGUGCAGAUCGAUACAUUGUUCUUCAACUCAUCAGCGACUUCUUCAUGAGUUCUCGUCUCUUCAGAAACACAAUACUUGACGACCCCACGGAAUUCCUAGAGCUAAUGGUCGAGACGAAUCCGAUUCGAAAUCCACUUCCCGGUUCGAAAGAGGAUUCAAAUAAAUUGAAAGCCGAAGCAAUUCUUGUUGUCAAGAAAUGGGAAGAAAAAUACUGGCAGAGUGAUUGCAGAAUGAAGUGUUUGGUGGUGACUCUGAAGAAAACGAAAUUUGUAGACUACGAUAAUUUGAACAAGAAAAUCGAAGAAGAAAGAAGGAGGAAGGAUUUGAUGGAAGAAAGAAAGGCUAUGAUUAUUGAAAGGACACUAUCUUUGUACAAAUCGAAAUUCAACGAGAUCAAAGAAGACGUGGAACGACUCAAAAUGGAACUAGAAACCACCAUGCAGAUGCUGGUUCCAUCGUUCACGGAUUCUGAUGAACCCAGUGCAUUAUUGCCUUCUGAAAUACCAUCAACAUCAUCUACUUCUACCAAAUCAUUUGAAAUUGUCAUUUCGGACUUAGCACCAAUAAUCAAAGUUUCCCCAGAGAACGAUGCUAUCGUCGAGACAUUUCUCGGUGCAAAAUUGUUGCUGAUUCAUCGAGUGCAAACGCUCAGAAAAAUUGCAAAACGACUAAUUCCUUUAAAAGAACCGGGCGAAUCUCUGGCUCAGAAGAUUAUAAAUUAUCGAGAUUCCAUCAAACAACUGGUAUUGAAAGCAGACGAAAUACGGAUAAAAGAAGACAAAAAUAAAGCGAAAUCGAUAAAACAGAAGAAAGAAAAAGGAAGAUUUGAUGACGAUUUUAUUGAUGUCGAAAUUUCGAUCGAUGACAUUUUGAUGUUACAAUAUGCAGAAAAGAUUGAUGAGGAUGAUGAAGACGUUUCUGAAAUUCAAAAAGUUGAGAAGAAAAAAGAAAAGAAAAUUAAGGAAGAGCCGAAAUUGAAAAGUGUACCGUUUGGAUUAGAUCUGAAAUACUGGGGAGAAGAGAGGAAAAACGUGGAAGUGCCGAAGAACAACGCUGAUUGUCAUCGAUUCUGGAGGUCUGCCGAUGAGAGCACUGUAUCUGGAACAGUUCAUCAAACGAUUUACACUCAACGACAGUUCACAUUUGUUGGAGAAGCCCCGAAAAUUGACAAAGAAUGUCGUGCGAAGUUGCGGAAUGGAUACUUAUGUCGCAGGAAAGAUCUUCAUAGAUGUCCUCUUCACGGGAAAAUCGUCGAUCGGGAUGCCGAAGGAGUCCCUGUAAACCCAGAAGACCGUCAUAACGAUAACGAGAGAAAUGAGAGAAAACGACUGAAAGAAGCAGAAGAAUACAGUAAGAAGAUAAUGAAAGACUAUGAAUCAAAAACAAAACGAAAGAAGAAAUAUGAAGUGGAAUCAACGAGUUCACAAGAUAUCAGAAGUCGUCUUCAGAGGAAACUACUCGAUCCGAAGACGAUUCAAAGGGUUUCUGCCGAUAUUACGAGUUCGCAGAAGAAUCGAUUGGUGAAGAAUUUCUCGCAUCAGUUCUCUCAUUUGUAG